AUGACAGACUACGCGCAGGAACAAGAAAUGGAGAUUGAAGCAUUAGAAGCUAUACUUAUGGAUGAAUUCAAAGAAAUACACUCGGGUGAAAGUGGUUUAAGCACUUCCAAUAGGUGCUUCCAGAUUAAGGUCACUGCACAGGAGGAAGAAGAGGAUGGGUCAAUUACUAAUCCAGCUCAACUGGCUUUGAUCUUCGCACACACAGAAAAAUAUCCCGAUGAACCUCCACUUUUAAAUGUGAACAGUUUGCAAGGAAUACCGUCUGAAGAUUUAAGGAUUUUGAAAGAAAAACUUCAACAAGAGGCAUCCGAAAAUCUUGGCAUGGCUAUGAUCUACACACUCGUUUCCUCAGCUAAAGAGUGGUUGACUGAGCGUUUUGGCGAGGACCCAGAUGGUGCGAUUGCUGAAGCAGAGGAGGCAGCCAAAGAAGAUAUAGUGAUACCCCAUGGAGAACCAGUUACUGUUGAAACAUUUUUGGCAUGGAGGGAAAGGUUUGAAGCUGAACUAGCACUUGAACGAGCCAAGCUAAUGCCAGAGUCCGUGCUUGCUACUCCAAAGGAAAAGAAACUUAGUGGUAGACAGUGGUUUGAGAGCGGAAGGAUGAAAGGUGCAGCUGUUGUCAUCGAGGAAUUGGAUGAGGAUGAUGAGGAGGAUAUUGACUUUGAUGAGGAUGAGGAUUUCGAAGAUGACGAAGAUGAUAUGCUUGAGCAUUAUCUAGCUGAAAAGUCUGAUUCAUCCACACAUUCUUCUUUGCGAGCUUAA